GCGCGCAGCGCAGGAAACCCACACAGUGAGGGAGUCAAGGUGAAGUGGAGCCUAACGCCGGAGCUCUGACGCGUUUACGGUCCAAUGUUUUGUUGGGAAACUAAAAGCAGGAAACAGAAGAAGUGUCCAGUUUUUAUUUGUAUUCUCUCUUCGUGACUUUCUGCCUCCGCUACUCUGAUGGAAUUGUUUUGUUUAAUCGGAUUAUUUCUCCUCUGAACACCGGUGGUGUGCCGGAAUUCUCUCCCCUCCUUCCUUUCUCUUUUUUUCUAAUCUUAACCACUCGUUUUUAUGUCUAAACUUAACUGGACUGUCAUUUUUCUCGACUAAAUUUAACUGUGAAGACAGCUAAACCCAGACCCAACUAUUCCCCCUGAAGAGCGAGCAUUUGGUGCGAUAAGAGCGACGGAAAACCUUCCUUUUUACGCGCUGAAACCUCAGGCAGAGGGGAGAUUUUCAGCCUGAACUCCAGCCGCGGAUCCCCCCGGGGCUCUGCUGUCCUUCCAGCCGGCCACAGCGCCUCUUCCCCGGGCUCCUCCGAGCUGCAGCGGCCGUUAAAUGAGCGCAGCGUUCAGCCCGUCCUUCAUGGUGAUGCAGCGGCCACUCGGAAGCACCACCGCCUUCAGCAUUGACUCUCUGAUCGGGGGGCCCCCGCAGCCCAGUCCGGGACACUUUGUCUACACCGGAUACCCCAUGUUCAUGCCGUACAGGUCGGUGGUGCUGCAGCCACCGCCUCCACCGCCCCCGGCCCUGCAGCAGGCUCUCCCCGCCGCACACCACGCGCAGAUCCCCAGCCUGCAGAGCGGCUUCUGCUCCAGCCUGGCGCAGGGAAUGGCGCUGACAUCCACGCUCAUGGCGUCGCUGCCCGGGGGCUUUUCCCCGUCCCAGCACCAAGAGGCUGCCAGAAAGUUCGGCUCGCAGUCGCUGCACGCGGUCUUUGACAAAAGUCAGGAGCUGCGGCUGCAAGAGGAGGACGGGAAGAGCUUCCUGCAGGGGAAAGAGGCCGCAGCGAUGCACGCUUUCCACGACACGGAGCAAACAUCCACAGUCAGAGCCCACAGUAAAGAAGACUCCAGGGAGGAUGAGUGCGGCCGGAAAGAUGAGAGCUUCUCCAUGGACAGCGACUUGGACUACAGCUCGGACGAUAACCUGCUCUGUCACAAGGAGGAUGGGGGGGAAAGCGGCGGCGGCGGCGGGCUGGAGGACGGCCAGCACGUGCACGGAGGCUCGGGCUCCGGUGGAGGCUCCGGUGCGGGGGGAGGAGGCGGCGGAAGCGGGAAGAACCGGCGGCGACGGACGGCAUUCACGAGCGAACAGCUGCUCGAGCUGGAGAAGGAGUUCCACUGCAAGAAGUACCUGUCGCUGACCGAACGCUCGCAGAUCGCGCAUGCGCUGAAGCUGAGCGAAGUGCAGGUGAAGAUCUGGUUCCAGAACCGGCGCGCCAAAUGGAAACGCGUCAAAGCCGGAAACGUCAACAACAAAUCCGGGGAGCCUUCCCGGAACCCCAAAAUAGUUGUUCCCAUCCCGGUGCACGUGAGCCGCUUCGCAAUAAGGAGUCAGCACCAGCAGAUGGAGCAGGCCAGACCAUAAUAAUAAGCAA